AUCUUUUCCUUUUCCUUUAAGGUCAUGAAACGCGUACGCACAGAACAGAUUCAGAUGGCAGUGUCCUGCUACCUCAAACGCCGUCAGUAUGUGGACUCAGAAGGUCCCUUAAAACAAGGGCUGAGGCUGUGUCAGACUGCUGAAGAGAUGGCAGCUAACCUCACAGUCCAAUCUGAAUCUGGUUGUGCCAACGUUGUGUCUGCAGCCCCCUGCCUGGCAGAGCCUCAGCAAUAUGAAGUACAAUUUGGGCGAUUACGCAAUUUUCUCACAGAUUCAGAUUCUCAGCACAGCCAUGAAGUGAUGCCUCUUCUGUAUCCCCUCUUUGUCUACCUCCAUCUGAACAUGGUCCAGAAUGGCCUAAAAAGCACAGUGGACAGUUUUUACAGCCGCUUCCAUGGCAUGUUCCUGCAGAACGCCAGCCAGAAGGAUAUCAUCGAGCAGCUGCAGACCACCAUGACGAUCCAAGAUAUCCUGUCCAACCUGAAGCUCCGAGCUUUUCUGGACAACAAGUACGUCAUCCGCCUUCAAGAGGACAGCUACAACUACCUUCUUCGCUACCUCCAAAGUGACAACAACAACGCGCUGUGCAAAGUGCUGACCCUGCACAUCCACCUGGACGUGCAGCCCGCCAAGAGGACCGACUACCAGCUCUACGCCGGCGGGAGCUCCUCGCGCGGCGACAGCAACGGCCUGGAGCCCGGCGACGUGCCGGCCGCCAUCCUGCAGAACGAGGCGGCCCUCGAGCUGCUGCAGGACAGCAUCAAGCGCGUCAAGGACGGGCCCCCUUCCCUCACCACCAUCUGUUUCUAUGCCUUCUACAACACCGAGCAGCUGCUGAACACGGCGGAGAUCUCGCCCAACAGCAAGCUGCUUGCUGCCGGCUUUGACAACUCCUGCGUGAAGCUGUGGAGCCUCCGUUCCAGCAAGCUGAAAGCUGAGCCCCAUCUUGUUGACGUGUCCCGCAUCCGCCUGGCUUGCGACAUCCUGGAUGACGAGGAGGAAGAGGAUGACAGCGUAGGCACCGAAAUGAAGAUCCUGAGAGGCCACUGUGGACCUGUGUACAGCACCAGGUUCCUUUCAGACAGCUCAGGGCUCUUAUCCUGCUCGGAGGACAUGUCCAUCAGGUACUGGGACCUCGGAAGUUUUACAAACACUGUGUUGUACCAAGGCCAUGCCUACCCCGUCUGGGACCUGGACAUCAGUCCGUGCAGCCUGUACUUUGCCAGCGGCUCCCAUGACCGCACCGCGAGGCUCUGGUCGUUCGAUCGGACGUACCCGCUGCGCAUAUACGCGGGCCACUUGGCGGACGUGGACUGCGUCAAGUUCCACCCCAACUCCAACUACUUGGCGACAGGCUCCACGGACAAAACUGUGCGCCUGUGGAGCACCCAGCAGGGCCACUCGGUGCGUCUCUUCACGGGUCACCGCGGGCCCGUGCUCGCACUCGCCUUCUCCCCCAACGGGAAGUACCUGGCGUCGGCGGGGGAAGACCAGCGGCUGAAGCUGUGGGACUUGGCUUCGGGAACCCUCUACAAGGAACUGAGGGGGCACACGGACAACAUAACCAGCCUUACUUUUAGCCCCGACAGUAGUUUGAUUGCUUCAGCCUCUAUGGAUAAUUCUGUCCGGGUCUGGGACAUUCGGAACAGUUACUGCAACGCCCCUGCAGAUGGGUCUUCCAGUGAACUGGUCGGUGUGUACACCGGGCAGAUGAAUAAUGUACUGAGCGUACAAUUUAUGGCCUGUAAUCUUCUUCUAGUGACUGGAAUUGCACAAGAAAAUCAGGAACAUUAAUUUUUUUUUUCCUUUGGGAUGUGGGUGGGUGUAUUGAAUGCCAGAGUCCAUUACAAGCUGAAAUUAAAUUACUGACUGUGAAACACUCUUCUUCCUCUGUCCCAGUGAAAGACACGUUCAGAGUAACAUAAAUGCUUUAAAAUGUCUUGCCCACAAAAUGGCCCAUGCUGUGGAAUGGAGUGA